AAUUCACAAAAAGUGUUUUCGUAUGGUGCUAGUGUUUACAUUAUUUUUAAAUGAUUCCUAGAAAGAAUUGUAGUCUUUGCGUCGUUUGAACUUUAAAUGUGGUUCGUUAGUUUAGCUUUUUUAAUUUGAAACCUAUUUUUUGCUAGUGAGACUAAUAUUUCGUAGUGAAAAGCUGACAAGGACCAAAGGACGCUAAAAUGGAUAUUCCUGUUCAAAUCGCUGUUAGGCUCAAACCACCAAGUCUUGCAGACUCCACACAGUGCAUAUUUAGUAAUCCUGUAACCCAGAUUGUGAUUACAGAAAGCGGUCAAACUUUCCACGUUAAUAGAGCUUUACCAGUCGACUGUACUCAAGCCAAUCUUUUUAAUUCUUUUAUGAUUCCUCAAAUCAAUUGUUUCUUAGAUGGCUGUGAUACUUCUGUUGUUGUGUUUGGUCAACCCAAAACAGGAAAAACUUACACUUUAUUUGGAUCUGGUUUUGAAUGCAUACACAGUGAGAGUGAUCAAGGAAUAGUGCCUCGAUUCCUCACAGAGAUAUUCCAUAAACUCAUCCAAAUGCCUGAAAGAGAAUUUAUAUUACAUAUCACAUGGAUGCAAAUAGUCAAUAAUAACAUUUUUGAUGUGCUCGGAGCUGGAUUGGUCAGAUGUUAUAAUUUAGAAGAAGCCUUUCAAUAUUUACAACUAGGAUGGAGACAAAGAUGCCAAGGAAAUAAUCAUACUGUGUUUACAGUUAGUGUUGAGCAAAAAUGGGUUGGCACAAAUGGAGUCCUCAACCACAGAAUGUCUACUGCAAGUUUUUGUGAUUUAGCUGCAUACCCUGAGUCUGGUCUGUUUGCAUUAGAAAGUAUUAUCAAAGAACUGUUAGCUGGCAAUCCACCAAAACAAAUUAAUUAUGACCAGUGCAUUUUAACUGCAAUGCUUCGAGACUCUUUUGGAGGUAGAGCUUUCACUUGGGUGAUUGGCUGUAUUAGUACAGAACCAGAAGAUUACCAAGACACUUUGAAAAUACUCAACCUUUGCUUAUGUUGCCGUGGUAUAAAGAAUUUUGUGACAGUUAAUCUGUUUGCAGACAAUAAUACUCCAGUUUAUACAGAUAAAAGCAUUGGACAGCAAAAUGAUAGUAACUUUAAUUUACAAUUUGCUACAACUCAAUGGAUUAAAUUAGUUUCAAAUGCUGAAGGCUUGUUUAAUAAAAUACUACAGUCUAAGUCUCUUUCAGAAACAGAUAUUAAUCAUGUGACAGAAUGGUUAUUUUUAAAAGCUGAAUGUGAUGAAUGCUUGAAUACUGAUGUUGGAGUUGAUAACAAGGAUGUUGGACCAAAACAAGGCCUACCUAGAAUAGCUGAAGAUACGGAGCCAAGUGAACUUAGUGAUGAUCAAACUGAUGCGGAAAGUGAUUCUGAGGAAGAUAGUCACUCUGACACUUUGUUUCAAGAUAAGCUAGAAAAGUUCAUGGAUUAUUUUAGAGAAAAGAAUGAUCAAUUAUUUGCUGAAAGGUGUGAAGAAUACUUAAAUCAUAUAGACUCUGAUGAUAUUACUAUAUCAGAAACCAGUGGAUCUCAGUCAUUGCCUAUCAUGACUUCUCAGUCAAAUUCUGGACGAAGAAGAACAAUACAUCCAGGUGAAAGUUUAUCUGGGGCUGAACUGGAAUUGCUUAGAAAAGUUGCAGCUAAAGCAAUAUCACCAGAAUCUCAAAAAAUUAUAAUAGAAUCUCACAAAAAAGACCUUGAUCCAGAGCCAAAGCUUAUUGAAAGAGAAUUAUUAAAAAUGAUAGACUCUCCCAAGACUGAAGAAAUAUGUAAGAAAUACAAAGUAAUAAAGGAGAAAUACACUCAAAAACAAAUUUUAGCAAGGAAGCUUUCAAAAGAAAUAGGAAGCAGUCAAACACAACUUAAAGAAUUGAUUAAUUUGUGCAUUGCUAAAGAAAGGUUGAUUGAUGAUCUUUCUAAAACAGUAAGUAAUCAAAAUAAAAAUUAUUUAGAUAGGAUUGAUGGAAAUUUAAUAGAUCAAGAUACACUAAAAGAGAUAAGAAGGCAUGAAACUAAUUUGAAGACAUAUAAAAAACAAAUUGACCAAAUAAAAAAACAAAUAAAGAAAGAUGAAAAACGUAAAAACACAUUGGAUGUGGAACUUGUGAAAGACAAAUUGAAACUAGAUGAAAUCUCAGAAACAUCUAUAUCAAAUGAUCUCAAAGAUAGAAAAACACAUUCUCUCAAGCAUUUUACUCACAGAAUAACUCAAUUGGACAGCAUUUUGAAAGAAAAAACAAAUGAUUUGGAGAAUUUACAACUGUCUAAAGAAAAGGAACUUAUGCUUAGAAAAGAAAUUAAAAAUUUGCGCAAAACAAGAGAGUGUUUGCAUGAACAGAGGUGUAGUUUGGGUCACAAAAGAAAAAUAUACAAAUCUUUAUCAGAUUCAGAGGAGCGUAAACUUCUGGAAUGUGAAGAAGCAAUAGAGGCCAUUGAUACUGCCAUUGAAUAUAAGAAUAAUUUGAUUUGUGGAAAGUCACCAUCUGCUUCUUUGUCAGAUACCCAUGAUAAUAGGGAAUCCAGGACACGUGGUGAACAAAUGCUAAUGGCCCGGCUUGAUAAACUCUCGCAUGAUGAAAUGAAAACCUUACUUUAUAGGUAUUUUCAGAAGGUAGUAGAUUUACGCGGGGCAUGCGCGGCAUUAGAGGCAGGUGUCGCUGCGGCAGCAGAUGAAGCUGCAGCGUGGAGGGCUCGCGCUGCUGCUGCAUGGCGGCACGCGCAACGAUUACGCCCCAAUAAUCAUGGACGGUGAGUACCACGGGUUCUAGUGUAUCCCAAAGCGUU